CAUUGCCUCUCUAAUGAGAACUAACAAAAAGUAUACGAAAAUAACCUCAAAUGAUUACAAACAAAAGUCAAAUUCAAAAAUCAAUCAAAAGUGAUCAGACUGUUUGGUUGUUUGGUACUUCUGUAAACAUUGGAAACUUAAAUAUAUUUUUAAUAUCGUUUAAAUAAUUGAUGCUUUACAAUGAAAGACUUAGUUGACGUAAUGGCUUUGCAAAACAGACGUGAAAAGCGCGUACCCGACUAUCGAGGCGCGCCGAACCACAGCUUAGCAACAAAUUUUGUUUUUGAAUGUGGAAUAAAGCUUGGCUUGCAGCCUGCAACUAUAGCAACUGCUGCCAUAUUUUACCACAAAUUCUUCAAAGAGGCCGACAAGAAUGAUUACGACUGCUACGUAAUCUGCACUGCUUGUUUGUGUGCAGCCGGGAAAUCUCGAGAUGAGCCUGUUAGGCUGCGAGAUGCUGUAAAUGUAGCACACAAUUCGAUAAAUCGUGGAGCCGGUCCGUUGGAGUUAGGCGACGAGUACUGGUCAUGGCGAAGUGCUGUAGCUCAAGCCGAGCUUCUUGUGCUGAGACUGCUGGGAUUUAAUCUGGAAGCGCCGUCGCCACACCGGUAUCUAUUGCAUUAUCUCAAAUCGCUGCAAGAAUGGUUUCCAGUAGCGCAGUGGCGUUCAGCUCCCAUUGCUCGAAUGGCAAUGGCUUUCCUUCAGGAUUUCCAUCACUCACCAGCAGUACUUGAUUAUCGAGCACCCCAUAUAGCAGUGGCGUGUUUAACUUUAGCUUUACAUGUAUUAGGAGUAUCAGUGCCAUUGGCAUCCACACUAGAUGAUGAUGCUGCAUGGUGUUCAGUUUUCACAAAGGAUCUGCAGAAAGAAAAAAAUUGGGAAAUAAUGGAGAAGAUAAUGCAAGUUUAUGGUCGUGAACCGGAACCUUUGUAACAUUCUCAACAUUCUCAAUGUCUAAUUUUUUAAUAUACAGAUGAUGAAAGUUACAACUUAAUUAAAAA